AUGGCAGGCUGCUGUGUCCAGCAUUUGCUGUUCCUCCUCCUGCUGGGAGCCUCCCACUGGACUUUGGCCCAAAGUCUACACUGUGCAGUGAGUAAAGUCCUGCGUUUAGAAGACGAUCCAAGCCGAACCUUUAACUGGACUUCAAAGCCUGGCAAGGUUGAGAAGUGCAGUCCUGGAGAACUUUGCCAGGAGACUGUGCUGUUGAUUAAAGCAGAGGGAACCAAGACUGCUGUUUUGGCCAGUAAGGGUUGUGCCUCUCAAGAAACGGAAGCAGUGACUUUCAUCCAGUAUGCCCCACCUCCUGGCUUGAUUGCUAUCUCCUACAGUAACUACUGCAACAGCAGCCUCUGCAACAACAGCAAGUAUUUAUCCCUAUUCUGGAAACCACCAGACACCACAGCAACUUCCAGUAUAUCAUCAGAAGCCUUCCAAUGCCCAACAUGUGUGGCUCUGGGGUCCUGUUCCAGUGCCCCCGUUAUGCCCUGUGCCAACAGUACAACUCAGUGCUAUGAAGGAAAACUUGAGCUCUCCGGAGGAGGGAUGGACUCCGUUGUGCAUGUUAAAGGCUGUACCACUGUGAUUGGCUGCAGACUGAUGGCUACAAUGGACUCAGUGGGACCCAUGACAGUCAAGGAGACCUGCAGCUACCACCCGAUCCUUCAGCCCAGAAAGGCAGAAGAAAGUCGGGCCUCGUGGAUGCUCACCUCACUGUGGAUGCUGGAACUAGUGCUGCCAGCAGUGAUGGUGGCCCUCGCCCAGAUACCCUGA